CGUGGCAUUUCUGUACGGUGGUUUUGGUGGUGACAUGUCGUAUAGUAAUUUGUCUGCUGUGCCUGCUAUUUUCUUCUCUCUGUUCACCCAAAUUCUUCUUCUUCAGUUUUACUGUUCUGUCUGCAACCAACGGUCGUUCUUUUUGAACAUUUUCAGCACAUCACGAACUUCCUUGUAGAUCAAGAAAAGGCUUUCCCAAUUCUUUGGUGAUACAAACAACAUCCCGGUGCUAAGUAUUAUUUUGACCAAUAACCAGUCAAAGAAAAGAGAGAAUCAUGUUUUUUGAGAUUGAAAUGACCAGAAAUGUGGUUGUAUCCCCAGAUAAAUUGCACACUGGGUUGUUUCUUGAGCGUUCUAUCAUUUUACAGCUCUUAGAAGAUGUAAAACGAAUCCAGGCUACAGAAGAGCAUGGUUAUCUGAUCGUAGUGACCACAUUAGAAGGUCGAGGGGAGGGAAAGAUAAGAGAAAUGCAAGGAUCUGUUGUUUUUCCUGUGAAAUUCAAGUGUAUAGUGUUCAAACCUUUUCAAAAUGAAAUUUUAGAUGGUAAAGUUUUAGAGGUAAUGAAGGCAGGCCUUCGAAUUGAAUGUGGACCAAUGACAGAGAUAUUUAUAGCGAAACAAACAAUGCAGGAUUUUGAAUAUGUACCGGGAGAAAACCCCGUCUUUAAAGGCAGGGUUAGUCAUCAAAUAGAGAAGGGUGGAUGGAUCAGGCUUAAGACAAUUGGCAUCAAAUGGAAUGAACAAAAACGAAUAUUCAUGGCACUGGGGAGCUUGCAAGGAAAUUUCUUAGGACCUAUAUCUGAUCCAGGUAUCGUUGGCAAGGUUGAUCCCGAGACUAAUUCUGAGAUUCAACCUGAAAAUCCCCAGGAAUCACCCACCAAUACAAAUGGAAAUCCUCAGGGGUCGCUUAACAAGACAAACUCUAAUUCACAGGGAUGGGGGCCUGGAGAAAAUGAUAACCAUCAGAGUUGGGGUGUGGGAACAAAUGAUAAUCCACAGGAUUUGAACACCAAAACAAGAGAUAAUCCUCAGGGAUUGCCUGCUGGAACAAAUGAUGAUCCUCAGGAACAGGCUUCCACAGCAAAUGACAAAUCUCAGGGAUGGGCUGCGGGAAGAAGUGACGACCCUCAGGGAUUGCCAGCAGAACCAAAUAAUAAUAAUCUGGGAUGGACUUCUGGAGUAAAUCAGAAUUCUGAAGGAAGGAACUUUGGAAUAGAUAAUCAUCCUCAGGGAUUGGUUACUGGAGCAAAUGACAUUCAUCAAGGACGGGCCAUUGGAACAAAUGAUGAUACCCAAGGAUGGACUGCUGAGGUGAAUGAGAAUUCUCAGGGAUGGGGCACCUAAACAAAUAGUUCUGUCAACGAUCAUAAGUUUUGCACCAUGUGAUGCUAUCUUUAAUUUCUAGCUUGUAAAUGGCUAUACCUAUACAUGUCAACAAUUAUAUGAUCGUUUGCAAAUGUUUGUGUUUACUGUUUUGUGCUUGAUAUCUGUAGACAAUUGGAACUGCCAACAAUUUUGUUACAACUCUUAUCUUUCCUUUGUUAUGGAUUGUUUUAUUAAGACCAUUGUACACAAUGUCACAAGUCCUUGUGGUGGCUUUUUUGAGUCCUUCCAACUAUAGGAUGAUUUUAUGAUGCGAUUAGCUGUCAUAGUUGGAAACUGUUUAUCUUUGUAUAUUUCAGGUUAGAAGUAGAAGAUCGCCUUUUGAAGAUU